CGGGCCCGCCGCGGGCGCGCAGCUUCUCGCCGCCUCUAAGGAGCGCUUCCCGGGGCAGUCGGUGUACCACAUCAAGUGGGUGCGCUGGAAGGAGGAGAACACGCCCGUCAUCACCCAGAACGAGAACGGCCCCUGCCCCUUGCUGGCCAUCAUGAACGUGCUGCUGCUGGCCUGGAAGGUUAAACUGCCUCCAAUGAUGGAAAUCAUAACAGCUGAACAGCUGAUGGAAUAUCUAGGAGAUUAUAUUCUUGAUGCAAAACCCAAAGAGAUAUCUGAAAUUCAGCGUUUAAAUUAUGAGCAGAAUAUGAGUGAUGCAAUGGCGAUUCUGCACAAGCUACAGACAGGUCUGGAUGUCAAUGUGAAGUUUACAGGUGUACGAGUAUUCGAAUACACACCGGAAUGCAUAGUGUUUGAUCUUCUUGACAUCCCAUUGUACCACGGAUGGCUAGUGGAUCCCCAGGUUGCUGACAUAGUAAAAGCAGUUGGUAACUGCAGUUACAAUCAGCUCGUGGAGAAGAUCAUUUCUUGUAAGCAGUCUGACAACAGUGAACUGGUUAGUGAAGGAUUUGUAGCUGAGCAGUUUCUAAAUAAUACGGCUACGCAGUUGACGUACCAUGGGCUGUGCGAGUUGACUUCAGCUGUCCAGGAGGGAGAGCUCUGCGUGUUCUUCAGGAAUAACCAUUUUAGCACCAUGACCAAAUAUAAGGGUCAACUUUACCUGCUGGUAACAGACCAGGGUUUUCUUACAGAAGAGAAAGUUGUCUGGGAGAGCUUGCACAAUGUGGAUGGCGAUGGAAAUUUCUGUGAUUCUGAGUUCCACCUACGGCCUCCUUCAGACCCUGAAACUGUCUACAGAGGGCAGCAGGAUCAAAUCGAUCAAGAUUAUCUGAUGGCUUUGUCUCUACAACAAGAGCAGCAAAAUCAAGAGAUUAACUGGGAACAGAUACCAGAAGGAAUCAGUGAUCUAGAGCUAGCAAAGAAGCUCCAAGAAGAGGAGGACAGGCGAGCUUCUCAGUACUAUCAGGAACAAGAACAAGCAGCUGCUCAGGUCCAGCAGGUGCAAGGUGCUCCUUCUCCAGCAAGUGGAAGACAAUCUGGGAGCAAUGAACGCAAACGUAAAGAGCCUCGAGAGAAAGAGAGAGAAAAAGAGAAGAAUAGCUGUGUUCUCUUGUAACACUAAAUGGAAAAUAGCAUGGAGCCAAGUGCAUGUCCUCAGAAGCAAAAACAAGGAGUAAAAAGGAAGACAAACCCGUUACAUGCCGCCUGUGCCUGAUUACCCCACGGAUUUUGUUCAUGUUUCAGGAGAAGAUGGGUGACUUUGUUACAAUCAUAUAGACUUUCUUCAAAGUCAUAGUGUGUGCUGCUUGAGAUGGAAUUCCAAAUCACAGUUGGAUGUGGCUGUGCUUUGAGUUAGUCAUAAGAAAUACUGCACCUUGUAGCUGAAAACACAAGUCAUGGCAAGUUUUGUGUCAUAGUGACAUCCAUUACUUAUUACAUCAGUAAGCUAUUUUAUCUUCCACUCUAAACAAAGGAGGUAACUGGUUUUGUUUAAGACUCUUUUCCUAAAGUAUGUACACUAGCACAACAGAAUCCUGUGUUACUUUCAUGGUAUGAAACUAUAUCUUAGGCUGGGUAUAGUCUUCAUGACAUAAGUGCCCAAAUAACAGGUGGGCAUUGCCUCCUCAGUGUGUCCAGAUAUCUUUGCUUCUGGAUCUAGUACGUUUGGUUUUUUGAACCCAGAUUUAUACUGUGUUAGUGCUGUUGUUGCAUCUCCUUGCCAGCUUUCUUGCCCCAGGAAUACAUGACUUGAUCAUAUAAAAAACUGUUAUUAAAAAACGGGGCAUUUACUAAUGAGCGAGAUGAAUAUUGUUUGUUUUUCUUGCAAUUACAAACUGGGUAUGACAACUCAGAUGUUAUCAGGGUUAAACAAGUAAUUUUAUAGGUAAUUUCUUUUCCUUUAAGUAUUUUUUUUUCCACUUGUAGGUAAACUGGACCAGAUAGGAACUUAUUUAUUGACCUCUCUGUAUGAUAGGUAAACAGUGAGAGGGAACUAAGGUCCAUAAUAAUCCUUAUUCUGUCUAAGAAUGCAGAGUUAAAAUAACUGUCUGCCUUUUUUUCCAGAAGUACCUUCAACUUUAACAUGACGUUAACAUGUUCACUUGUGUAUUUGAGCAAGUGUACUGUAAUUAAAUACAUACUUUGUUUUCUAAAUCAUAUAUCCUUAAAAAGCACACUUAGGAAGGGUGAGAGAAAAGCUAGGCUAAUCUCUUGAGAUUGUUUGGAAAGGUGGUCAGGUGUAAUAUUUUGUUUUAAAGAGCUAAUUUAGAAUUUUUGGAAAUCAGAUUUUUCUUAUUUAUGGGAACCAAACAAACAUGUUGCAUCUUCUAGUAUCUAUAGAAUACAGGAAUGGGAUGCUCACAGAAUUCUGAGGGGACCAAAACUCCUCCUCCACUUAGAUUAAGUCAAUAACAGUUAUCUUCUUGCUGAACCUUUUUGAUAAAAUUUGUAUUUCACAAUUUGUAGAUACUUUUGAAAAAGGCUGCUUCUCCUGGACAAGUCGAUAGCUUGCACAAGUCUGGUACAGCUGAAGUAGCUGGGUGGGAUAUGACAUUCCUGCUUUCAGGGGUUUGGAGAAUGUCUGUAAGAGAGAGGCUGUCUAAACACAAGCUGACAGGUAAAAAGCUGCUUUACAACUGUUUCGAGCAGAAUUGCUGGGAUGAUACUAGAAUGAAAAUUAGACGUGUAAAGGAAGAAUGUCUUACUAAAUGAAGAGCCAGUUUAUACCACUUUUUUUAUUCCAUGCUUUUUUCUUUUCUGUUUUUCAAUUUUGUUAUAAUUUCUGUUUUAUAAAAAUGAAGUAAUGAAGGGUAGGUCUCUAAUAUGUAAAUUGUAAAUGUAAAAAAAUUCUCUAUAUUCUCUGGUGAAGUCAUGCCCAGGAAAGUCAUUUUAACACAUAAUGUAUGCAGUUUAGAUAAAUUUCUGUGUCAAAGCAAAGGUUGACCACAUUUUUUCCUUUGCAGCAGCCUAACUUAUUCAAACAAACUCGUGUGAUGGAGGAUCACCGACAUAAUGACUUGUCUACAUUAAGCAAAUUACAGAAUAUUUCGGUAGUGUCAAUAAUGAAGACUUAAAGGCAGAAUGUUGUUUAAAAACAUUCUGUUACUAAGAUUUUUUCCAAAUUUGUGUAUUUACAUUUAUUUAUUUCCCUUGAAAAAUAAAUAUGUCAAGCUAAGUGUUUGUUAUCUUAUUAUUUUCAGUACAGUGUUGCCACUUCAAAUUUUGUAACAAAUUUGAUUUGAGCAGGCAUUGUGGCUGUCAUAGAUGCUUUUUGCCUGAAAUACUUGCUUCUAUUAGAAUAAUUCAUGUAGUGUUUCCAGUUUCAGACAGAUGUGCCUGAAGCCUAAUACACUGUAGUGAUCACAAUGCCAUUUGGUCACAAAGAAAGAAAAGUUAAAUGUCAGCGCUCAUCACAAAGACUCAAGGCUUUGGAGAAAAGGUAAAGAACUCCUGAAAUGUAGGGCAUCGUUCUGCAUGGGUUGAGAUUGCUAGUGGCAGAAGUUAAAAGCAGGUGAGCUUGUUAACACCCAAAUGAAAUAUGUAUGGAAGCUUAAUUAAUGCCCUACUGUGACUAACCACUUCAAAAGUAACUGUCACAGUUGGUAUAUAAGACAAUAUCCGAUGAAUUAAAAACUGAACAGAACCUCUUUUAUCUGUAAUAGUGAACUUGGAAAACAGUAUCACAGAGUAACUGUGGAGCACUAGCAGAGUUGCUGUGUAUUUCUGGCUCUGUUUACUUCAUUUACACUCCUUUUCAAAGCUCAUGUCCUGGCAAAAAGUUACAGACUUGCACUUUACAUUUGUUAUAUAAUUUAGCAUGCACACGCUGCAACUACCUACGUAAUGUAUAUGAAAGUGUCAGAAAAGUAGAGUAGAACUUGUUUUCCUCUAGAUAAAAGCUAGCACAGAAGACAAUCAUAGAAUUUCCUGUUGUUUUGUUGUAGUUGUGUAAUAAAGCUCAAUACAAGUAUUAAAAUUAGCGAAAAGUUGAGCACUGCCAUAGUGUUAAAUGUGUUUCUAAAAGGCACUUUGUAAAUGCUCAGUUCUACCACUUUUCCUAAGUGGAUUCAUGUGGAAUCUGAGGCCAAAAGAAAGCAAAUCCAAAUGAAGAUGGUAACGUAAGAGAAAGAAGUUAACAUUCCUGAAAAUACACUUAAACACAAUGCAAAAAACAUUUUUUGUAGCAAGUCAUCUACUUAAUAUAAUAAAGUAUGUAUUCAGAUUGUCUUCAGAGCACUUCUUGUGGAUCCCAGACAUACAAGUUUACAAAUGCAGCAUACACUCUUCUGUAUACACUUGCACUGCGUUGCUAGUCAGUCUCUACACUUGAUAUUUCACACUAUUGUCAAAUAUUUCUUCAAACUUGUAUGCACAAGUUCCUGAAAAAAUUUUCCAGUAUAUAAUAAAAGGCAAUUCAGCUUCUUGAAAUUGCAUCUUCUGGUGUAUUCAGCAGGAAAUACUACAGUAAAAUGUGAAGCUGAUAUACUUGUAACAGAUCUUUCUUCUUCCCUGCUGCAAUAGACUCGUAACCCAAAGCUAACUCAUUGGCUUGACAAUGUUUUUACUGUCAGGAUGCUUAGCGCAGUAACUGAAAUUUAUACUAAGUAAAUCUUUAAGUACAACGUAAUGAAUUAAGAACUGUAUUUUAUACAAAAACAGACUCUUAGAGGUUGUAAUCUUAAACAGAUGACUCAACAAAUGCAAGCUAAUUGAUGCAAUGUCCUCAUUAGAAAGCAUAUUGCAGAAAAGGAAAAAUAACAGCCUUUCUUUUGGUUGCAAUAUGAUGCUUACUGUCCUCCAUCUAUGCUAUGGCUCUGGUAACAAGAAAAAUCUGACAUUAAAAUGUGUUCACGUAGUCCAGUGACAACAAAUGUCAAUGCAAGAACUUAAAACAUACGUGUUUUGUUUUGUGCAAUUAUUUUAUUUUCUAUUUGGCACAUUCAGCCCUAGACUGGUUGCAGUGUUGUCUUGAGUGGGAAGAUCUGGUGAGAUGAAUGACACUUAUCGAAAUCCAUCUACACAGAAAUCUGUUUGAUGUUAAUUUUCAGUGUUUUUCUAUAGCUCCUUCUUGUUAACAGCUUGUUUUUGUAGUUGUCCAGUACACAAGCAAUGUAUUCGAGCUCAAUUACCACUUCCUACGAAGAACUGUGGUGGGCAAAUAGAGUGAAGUGACCAGAACAUAAAGAUCCAUGUGCCACCUAAUUUUCUUGAAAUUGCUGAGGGGUUUGUCCUUAAUUUUGCUGUAGCUUAAUAAAUACCUGUAGUACAGCGUGUACUGGCCAGAUCUUCUCACCCAAGUAAUGACCAGCAUACUUGCUUCAUGUCUGUCCCUGUGUUUCUCCUCUUCCUCUCGUGGUGCUUCUAGGCCAAGACAAGCUGUUCAGACCCUCUGAUGUCUCAACAUUUUUAUUAAAUGUCAGUUGUCUGCUGUUUAAUUUUGGCUGUGUCAGCUCUGCCACUCUGAGCUCUCUCUUUACCCGAAGAAUCACCUCUGGGGAACUUCCUUAAAGUUCUUUAUUGCCUUUAAAGUUACUGUUCUGGUUUAUGCGAUUACUUUUGCUCAUGGAGAAACCUAGUAGGUUGAAAUGAGCAAUUCAUUCUCUGAGAAAUUUAGGUAUCCAGUUAAUUAUCUUUAGAAGUCAAAAUACUGUGUGUGCUUCUACAUGGCAGCAAAGAACAACUCUCAACAAAGCGUUGUUAGGACUGGGAAAUGCAUACGGGAACGAUUCAGCUGAGCUACAGUACUCAAUUUCUUAGCUUAAACAGCAUACUUAACAACAGAUUAUUUGGUAACAAUAUGAAAAGGCAUCUGUUUCUCUGAAUGUGUUGAUGAAACGUGAAAUAAGGCACUGUCAGUGCUUGUAUCGCUGGGUGUGUCACACAUUUAAGGAAGUAGGUGCUGGUGGUGCAGCCAACAGCCUUACUGGGGCCAAAAGUGAGUGGAACUUGAUUGUCUGCUACAGUCAAACACCAAGCCAAAUCUUGGUGCUGGGUAGGGGCGUCAAAACUUGCACAAGUUUUAUAUUUCUUUCAGUUAAUCUUUUGAGAAUGUCCUUUCAAGUCCUGUCCAGUUUAAGUGAUGCAUAUUGUGAAAUUCAUUAACGAGGGAGUGAUCUGCUAGUGGUGUGAGACAGUGCCUUCAGCUCACACAAACUGAGAUCUGAGCAGAAUCCAGAGAGGUGGAGGAAGUAGCACUAACAAUAGUGUGCUGCUCCUGGAGGCAGGACGAUACAGGCCUCACCAUGUAAUGUGUCAAAUCCAAGCAUCUAACUGUCCUAAGUCCGUAUUACAAUUUAAUAUAUGGACCAGCUCUCAUAGCCAAAGGUGCACUUCUUUGUUGUGAAAAAAUUACACAAUUAUUUGACUGCUUUCUUAAUAGACUUUCAAAAUAGCUUAAACUGUUCUUUUUGGUAUUUUCAGUCUUGGGAAAUUAAUGCAUAAAGCUUUGAGUAGGAAAUGACACACUUUUUUUUUUUUCUUUUGUAGUAUAGUUAUAGGAAAGAUAAUAUUGAGGGGGGGAAAAACACAAUCAAAUUUGAUUUUGUAUGAGAAUGUUGUAUUUACCUAUGUAUGUUGCAGUCAUCUUUUAGAACUGAUAAAUUGCUUCAUCAGUAACAAGCCUCUGCUCUAGAAAUAGUUAGGAAUGGAUUUAUUUAUAAAUAAAUAAUGCUGUUUUUUAAACUUGAGUUUCUAUUGUACGUUGCUAUAGUUAACAGUUCAGAACUACCUUACAGUAACUGCUGGUGGCUGAAUGUGUUUUUGGAUCCUUUAAACUUCAAGAGCAGUAUUUUAAUAUUUGUAGCACUUGUCCAAAUUUAUUUUAUUAAAUGUCUCUCCAGUCCAACCUCAUACUGACACAAACAGGCAUGAGGAAGAAACUGAAACAUGGCAUUUCAGUGUAGGCUGAAGCAUGCCAGUCAUGCAGUUAAUUACAACUGGGAAAUCUUGGAGUAACGAAGAGUCUACUUUUUUAAGCAAGUCUACUGUCAAAUUAUCCUUUGUAUUUUUAGUAUGUGUAUUCAGUACCCUGCCUAUAUCUAAGAGAACUUCGUUUUCUCCUCAGUAUUUUAGUUCCAAGGCAACAAAUGUUCUCUUAAUUGUAGGUUAGUUUUUUAUCAUUAUUGUUUUACUGCAGAUUAACUACAGCCAAAAAGAAUUGUUUUAUGUUAAUUACUGCUUUUGCUUAUAUAGCUGGGUUUUGGUGGAGUCCUUGAGAUUGAAAGCUUAAAAACAGAUUUUAUAUCAGGUGAAUAAAUAAAAUGUUCUGC